AUGGAGGCCUUGAAGUUAUUCAAGGAGAGAAUCAAUAAUCACAAGGAGAAAUUACUUUCCCUGGCCUCUAAUUCGGCAGACAUUCAGGCAAAAUAUGGCCCUUCACUCCGCCAUAUAACACCAGCAGUCCUCGCCGCUUACCGCUUCUGUUAUUGCCGCUGGAUUGGCAGUAGAGCUAUUGGACUUGGAGUUGAUCAAAAAAUGCAUGCAAAUAAACCUUAUACAAAUGAUGAAAGGUAUAAGAGAAUAUUAAUGAGUUUGGAGGUUCUCGCGAAAAGGAUGGGUAUAUACGAUCCAUUCCAUCAAGUGAACAUGUGGGGUGACAGCUUUAAAAUUGAUGGAAGCUUGAAUUCAAUUGCUUCCCCAAUGUUCAUGAUGAAGCCCGGCAUGCAGAACAAGUCUGAAUGUACUCCUCAUGAAUCAAGGGAACCUUCUGGAGAUGAUCAAGAGAAUGACAAAGCUGAUAGUAAGGUGCUAAGACGUCAAGCUCAAAAUCGUGAGGCUGCUCGAAAGUGUCGGCAGCGGAAGAAGGCUUAUGUUCAACAAUUAGAAACAAGCCGUGUGAAGCUCGUGCAAUUGGAGUUGGAGAUUGAGAAAGCAAAAAAUCAGGGUAUGUACAUACGCAGUGCACCAGAUGUUAGUUAUAUGGGAUCAUCCGGAACAAUGAACCCAGGGAUAACCUUGUUUGAACUUGAAUAUGGACAAUGGAUUGAAGAGCAAGAUAGACAGAAUGUAGAACUGAGAAAUGCAUUACAAACUCAUGAAUCUGAUAUGCAGCUUCAUCUACUUGUUGAGAGUUGCUUGAGCCACUACUCAAAUCUUUUCAGGAUGAAAGCAGAGGCAGCAAAGGCUGAUGUCUUUUAUUUGAUAUCUGGUGCAUGGAAAACAUCAGUGGAACGCCUUUUCCUUUGGAUUGGAGGAUCUCGUCCAUCACAGCUUCUACAUAUUAUUGUACCGCAGCUUGAACCUUUGACUGAUCAACAAAUUGUGAGAAUUAACAACCUCCGGCGUUCAUCUCAGCAAGCUGAAGAUGCUCUUUCACUAGGAUUGGACAAACUCCAGCAGAGUCUAGUCCACAACAUACCAUCAGAUCCCUUGGUUUUAGGACACUACGGGUUUGAGAUGGCUGCUGCCAUGGACAAAGGUGAAGCACUGGAAGGUUUUGUAAACCAGGCAGAUCACCUUAGGCAACAAACACUGCUUCACAUGUCAAGGAUCCUGACAAGUAGGCAAGCUGCUCAAGGCUUGCUGGCUAUGGGGGAAUACUUCCAUCGUCUUCGCACUCUUAGUUCUUUAUGGACUGCUCAGUCAUGUGAUCCUUCCUUUUCCACUCACCUCUCAAACUGA